AUGUCUCUUAACGUCAAGGAAGAAACGGAUAUUGAUCGCGAGAUCUCAACAAUUGCCAAGACUAAGGUCUCUAAUGAAUCGGAAAUUGAUCCUGUUGUCCUGCCGACCGCCAAAAGGUUAAAGAUUUCCCCGGAAAUAAGUGAGGCAACAGAGGUUAAUCUAUCGGAAAUUUCUUCAACCGCGUCAAACUCGCUUGCACCAUCUGGUGGUAGUGACGUAACAAGUACCAUAAACGAUUUAGAUUGUGAAGAGCGAGGAAUAAGAUACAGGUUGCGAAUCGAAAAUAUAUCAAAAUACGUGAAUGCCAAGACGAUCAAAAAAUUUCUGGCAAAAAAUGACUGCGGAAAGCUACAAGUCAAAAAAUCUUCAAACUGGGAUUAUUGCUACGUUCAUCUUAAUUCCAGGGAACAGCAAUUGGAUGUGAUUGGAAAAUUGAAAGAUGCGAAAUUAAAGAAUAAAUUAAUUAUCGUGAAGGCUGAUAAUACAACGGAACAAGAGCGUCAAGAUUUAGUUGACGCUAGGAGAAAGAAAUUGUUUCCGGACCCAAAGGAAGAUCAACGUUCACCAGAGGAAAUGCUUGCAGACCAAAUAACUCCUUUGUACCGUCUUACCUAUUCAGAACAACUAAAGGCCAAGGGGGAUGGUAUCAUAAACGCUCUUUCCCGUUUCCUUGUGAAGACCAAGGAAUUAUAUACGGACCGUUCCCAACCGAAAAGGGUAACCGAAGAGCUCGAAUCUAAUCUUCCGUUCGAGGUUCAUACAAUUAUUUCUUCACCCAUUCUCGAAGGUUAUCGGAACAAAUGCGAAUUCACGAUUGGAAAAAAUCAUGAGGGAGAGAAGACCGUAGGGUACUUACUGGGUGCUUUCAAAAAUGGAUUCAAUGUCGUCAUGGGGCCGGAGAAAUCUUUGAAUACCGGUGAAGUAUCGAAGAAGAUUGCUGUGGCAAUGCAGGAAUAUGUUCGAGGGUCUGAUCUUGAUGUAUACGACCGUGCGACGAAGCAAGGCAACUGGCGUUUGGUCUGUGUUAGAUCUCAAACUUGUGGUGACGUAAUGGUCAUUGUUCAGUUUCAUCCGCAAGGAUUAACUGAAGAACGAAUCAAGCAAGAGAAAGUUUCCCUGACAGAAUAUUUUGUGAAUUAUACACGGGAGGCACAGAUUGACUUAAAAUCGCUCUUGGUACAAUCUUAUGAUGGGGUCAGUAAUGGUUUGUUCGACAAACAUCCAUUAGAAUGUAUAUUUGGUGUACCCUAUAUUCAUGAGGAAAUGAUGGGUUGUAGAUUUCGAAUAUCUCCACAUGCCUUCUUCCAAACAAACACUCUAGCAGCGCAAGUACUCUAUGAAAAAUGUGGAGAAUAUAUAAAAGAUCUGUGUCAUCAUGAUAAACCACCUCCAAUCUUGAUAGAUAUGUGUUGUGGAACCGGAACUAUUGGAAUUGCAUUGUCAAAGGUCUUAGGAAAUAAGAUUAAAGAAAUCAUAGGAAUUGAGAUUUGUGAAGAGGCGGUGGAGGAUGCAAAGUACAAUGCUACGUUGAAUGAGAUAAGUAAUACUCAAUACAUUCUUGGACCAGUAGAAAAGAAUUUGUAUUUUUUAAGUAACUACAAUAACCGUGAAGCGGGAACAGUCAUUGCAAUAUUGGAUCCACCUCGGGCUGGUGUUCAUAAGAAUGUCAUCAAAGCUCUCAGACAAUGCCAAGCAAUAGAUUAUUUAUUAUAUGUUUCUUGUGAUUGUAAUUUGGCAACACAAAAUUUCAUAGACCUUUGUAAGCCAUUAUCUAGAUCACAUCCGGGAACUCCAUUUAAACCCGUCAGAGCAGUCGGAAUAGAUUUAUUUCCGCACGCUAAGCAAGUAGAAUUAUUGAUCGAGUUUCAUAGAGACACAGAUCAGAAUUAA